GCAGCGGAUUUGCGCAAAGUCGAAACUAGCCAACAACACGAAAAACCAACUACUCACCGGCGUCCACGCAUUCGUAGAGCAAAUCGCAUACCUAAACCCAUGUUUCCACCAAAUAGGACCAAUCUCUUCCACCAUCAACGCGAGCAAGACACCACUGCCGACGCUGAGGAUGAUAUUGUGCGCUCGGAAGAGCGUGUUGAGCACAUAGGCGGGUUUGUCCCUCAACAAAUGUUGGAUAGUGAAAAUA